GUAGAAGCAGCUGAGGACUUCAAUAGUGUUGGACUGCGAAGCUGCCCAAACAUUUGGCGCUGUCUGUGGGAACUUGAACAAAAAGUUGUGUAGCUUCAUCUGCUGAAAGACAAAAUGGUUCGGACUUUUACAGGAGGUCGCCCCCCAAGAACUGAAGUAGACGAACAGGAGGACACUCAAUUAUCUGAGCCCGAUUUGAAUGACUUUAGGCCAAUGCCGAGAGACCUCUUCGUUGGGGGAGCUGAACAGGAUCACCUUAGUGAAACAGAUGACGAAAGAACACCAACGGGUUCUACAGAACUUGCUCGGACAGCCGAGCUCGAAGAGAGAACCAGAGUUCUCGAAAUGGCAAUGGGUAAAAUCCUUGCCCGUCUGAUUCCUGAUGACCCCCUGAUUCCUUUGUUGAACAGGGAUGCACAACCAGCUGCGGUUGUUGCAACUAGAAAUUCCCCCGCUUUAAGCAACGUAGUGGUGCCGACCAGGCCAAGAGGAAGUGGGAAGCUGAAUAUCGAGCCCAGCUCGUCUAAACCUAGUGAAGAGCUGAUGAGAAAGAACGCAGACCUUGAAAGACAGCUGCGAGAUGUGCAAAAAUCUAUCGAUGAGCUGAAAAGUCCCAGGUCGCACCAACAAACUCUUGAUUUGGAUAGUGCCCCUUUAAACCUGUCCAUUACUGCAGAGCCGUAUCAAGAAGGAUUCAAAAUUCCCCACCUGGAGACAUAUGACAGCUCUGGUGACCCUGAUGAACAUUUGCAUACGUAUCAAGCUAUCAUGAGAAUCCAAAAUGCCAAUGACGCCAUGAUGUGCAAAGUGUUCCCAGCAACACUCAAGUCAACAGCUAGGAGGUGGUAUCACAAACUUCCCAGACAUUCCAUAGAUUCAUAUUCCCAGCUCGCCAAGUUAUUCUCCAACAAAUUCGCGAGCCAAAGGGAGAUUAAACGCACGGCGACCGAGCUUAUGCAAGUUCACCAGAAAGAGGGGGAAUCUUUGAGGGACUACAUGCAGCGAUUUAACAAAGCCACAUUAGAUAUCGAUAACGUCCCUGAUACUAUCUGCUUAUCGGCCCUGCUGCACAGUCUGAAACGUGGCAGGUUCCUAGAUGACUUACUGGAAAAUCCAACAAAGACGUGGAACGAAGUUAAUGACAGGUCAGCUAGCUUCAUACUGUUGGAAGACUUUCAGUCGUCGAAGCGACGAGCUGAUGACAAACAGAGCAGAGGCAAUGAACAGGCACCAAAGAGGGAGGAAAAGAAAAAGCAGAAGGGUAAUGAGCAAUGGGGGAAGCCAGCUGAAUUCCCAAAAUAUGCUAACUAUAUCCCUCUCACUUUGCCAAGGUCUCAAAUCCUAGCACAAAUCCAGCACUGGGUUAGAAGACCCCCACCCUCGGUGCAUGAUUCCCCGCGAGCAGACAAGAGCAAGCAUUGCGACUAUCAUCGUGUAUACGGUUACAACACAGAAGACUGCCAACACUUAAAGGACGAGCUGGAGUUCUUGGCUCGCACUGGGAAAUUAGAGGGAUAUGUUCAGAAGCCUCAUACCCAGCAACCGACUCAAACUCACUUCGUGCAUGAGGUCGACCAUGAACACAAAGCAUCACUCCUCAUCCUCAGGGUCAAACACCACAUCAGCAAGACUCUCGACUGAGUUCGUCAACCGAACGUUGAGGGGGGAGUAAUGUUGGGAUG